AUGGCGAUUGAUUGGAUCAUGAAAAUGCAACUGUCACAGCUGAAAAUGCAUCACAUGUGGCCAAAAGAGAGAUUUCGUGAGAAGUAUUGGUAUCAAUGGGAACGAUGCAAUUCAAUUGUGUUGUCAUGGCUGAUGAACUCCGUUGCACCAGCCUUAAUUAGUGGUAUUGCUUACGCCACUAAUGCACAGAAGAUGUGGACGGAUUUACAAGAGAGGUUUGACAAAGUGAAUGAUACUCGUUGCUACAAUUUGCACAAGGAAGUUGCUACCUUAAGUCAAGGUACUUCCUUUAUCUCUAUCUAUUAUUCGAAGCUCAAGGACUUUUGGGAUGAAUCUGAGUCUGUUAUACCCACCCCUGGCUGUGAUUGUGUUAAGACAAAGGAGUUUAUUGUACAUCUACGAAAGCAAAAGCCACUUCCUUCAGUAAAUCAAGCAUAUGUCAUGCUUAUGAGUGAUGAAAGCCAAAGAGCUCUAGCUGCCUCUGCUGGCAUUUUAGGAUCCUCACCUACUGUCAUGAAUGAAGGAGCUGAGUAUUCACAAGCCAUGAAUCAGGCACAUGGUCAUUCUGGCACACAAGCUCUAGCAGGAUCUUCCUCUAUACAGAAUGAUCAGACAAUGCAAAUUCUGAACAAUUCAACUUCCUCUGCUCAAGCAAAUGUGGUAGGUACUAGCACUGCCCUCUUAGCAUCUACUAGUCCACAAGAUUGGAUUAUUGAUACUGGAGCAACUAAUCAUAUGGUGUCAGAUGCUAACUUACUUACUAAGACUUCUGUAGUUACUCCUUCUAAGCCUAGAACAGUCUUACUACCUAAUGGAGAUGUCACUCUAGUAACUCACACUGGUGACAACAAUAUUUCAGACAGAAGCACACUUAAAGAUGUCUUCUAUGAUCUCUUAAGUGGCAGGGUGAGGGAGAUUAGUAGAGAAAGAGAUGGUCUAUACUUUCAGCAGAAAUACGGUGGAAAGAUGCUCACCGCAGUCUCUUUAGUUGAUGUUGGAAUAAAGUCAAGCCAGGGUGACACUACAGUUGAUGUUGCCUUGUGGCAUAAAAGACUAGGGCAUGUAUCUAAUAUUGUUCUUAGAAAACUGUUUGCUGCCAAACUAGCUAGUAUCAAUGACACUAUCAAUAAGUGUAGUGUAUACCCUUGUGCUAGGAAAACCAGACUGCCAUUCCCUUCCAGCUGUAUUAAGACUGUUGCUGCAUUUGAUCUAAUACAUCUUGAUGUUUGGGGUCCAUAUAACUGUGCAACUUUUGAUGGCAAUAGGUAUUUCCUGACAUUUAACAAAGUUGUGAAAGUAGUAAGGCCAGACAAUGGCUCUGAGUUUGUCAACUCUAACUGUACCACAUUGUUUCAGAAAUAUGGUAUCAUUUAUCAAAGAACAUGUGCUUAUACUCCUCAGCAAAAUGGAGCUGCUGAGAGAAAGCAUAGGCACAUCCUAGAAGUCACACGAGCUUUAAGGUUUCAGGCCAAUAUUCCUAUCAAAUAUUGGGGGCAUUGUGUGCUUGCAGCAGUGGAAGAUAUAUUUCCCUUCAAAGACAUCUCAGACACAUCACCACCUAUUUUCUUGCCUCCUGAAUUGUCCAGUUCUAGUGAAGAGCAGCCUUCACUUCCUCCUGUUCCUACUAGGCAUAAGUCUACUGACUCUUCUCCUUUGCACCAGUCUGCAGCAGAUGUGAUGCCUUCUAUACUUCCUCCUCCCACUCAGCGAUCCACUGGUAUGAGAAUUUCUCCAAAAUAUCAGGCCUAUUUGACAGCAUUCUCUGCAAUCCAGGAACCUACUUCUUUUGAGCAAGCUGCUCAAGAUCCUAGGUGGGUUGAAGCUAUGCAAGCUGAAAUUGCAGCACUAGAAUCCAAUCACACCUAG